AUGUUCCGUCUAGUUCGGUCUCGUGUAGUCACUCUCCGUAACACUUGUCGUCUGAACGCUCGCUGGAGCUGCGCCGUCCGGAGACACGAGAGACCUCGACACAGGACCGUUCAUACUAGGGAGGAGGACCAGUGGUCGGAGGUGGUUCAUCAUCCAGGGUACUCGUUGUCGUGUUCUCCAUCACACGGCUCGCUGGCUGCCAAUACCUCGGCCUACUUUACCGUCUCAGUGUUUGCAGGCACCUGGGGUCUGUACUACGACCAGAUCAUCAUAAUGGUCGAGGAGUUGGAGCCGCUGGUCAUAGACGUGUGGGUGGAGGCGGUCGGCUCGCCGCUGAGCUUCGCUUUGCGAACACGAGACUCUCAAUGGCCGGUGCUGUGGUAA